AUGUGGGCGCUGCCUCUGUUGGCGCCCAUCUCCGUCGCGGCCCUGCGCAAGCGCGACAACACCAGCACAGCGCUCGUGGGCAGCCUGCUGUGCACCUUGGAGUCGCCCCAACAGGCGGCCACGCUCCUCGCUCUGGGCGCGCCGGGCGCGCUGCGCGCCGCCGCUGCGCCGGCCGACGACGAUGAUGACUCGCUGCAUGCGGCCGUCUGGGCGGCGGCGGGUGCCCUCCACCUGCACCUGACGGCGCAGCCCUGCAGCGGCGCAAAUGCCCGGUUCCCGAGCGAGGCCACUUGGGCGCUGGACGUGCUGACCGCAGCACUGUCGAGCCGCACGAACGCCCAGGGCACUCAGGUCGCCGUCGCCUUCGCCAUUACCCUGACAGAGCGCCCGGCGGCGGCUGCGCUCCUGCGCCACCCCGGGCUGCUGAGCGGCCUCUGCGCCGCCGCUGCGGGCAGCAAGCACGACGGCACACUGUGCGCGACCGCAGGCGUGGUGCUGGCAGCAGCGAGGCACGAGGUGCAGGCAGCAUUGAGGCACCAGGUGCCGGCGGCCCUCGCCAGCGUCGAUGCGGCCCUCAAAAGAGGCGACGCGUACAUCUCGUCGGCGACCCCGAGGUUGCUGCGGCUGACACUGGCCGGGCUCGCGAGCAUGGAAGACGCGGCCGUUGCUCGCGAGGCCGCGGCGGCGCUGGCGGCGCUUGAGGGUGGCAGCGGCGGGGGCAGCAGCGGCGGCAUUGGCACCAGCGGCGGCGACGACGGCAGUGGUGGAGGUGGCGGCCGCACCACAAUCAGCAGCAUUGGCACCAGCUGUAGUGGCGGCAGCGACGGCGGCGCUGGAGGUAGCAGCAGCAGCAGCAGCAGCAGCAGCAGCAGCAGCAGCAGCAACAGCAGCAGCAGCAUUGGCACAAGCAGCAGCAUUUGCAGCAGAGGGGCUGUCAGCGUUGCCGCCAGCAUCAACAACGGCGGCAUUGGCGGCGGCUGCGGUGGUGGGGAUGGAAAGGGCAAAGAGCCAGCUGCCCCUGGCACGUCGCAACGCAGAGGAGAGGGGCCAGCCGUGCUGCCGCGACAGCCCAAGGCCUGCGCCAUGUGCGCCAAGACAGAGGCUCAGCUGGGGCGGCCACCCAAGCUCUGCGCCGGCUGCCGCAGCGUCAGGUAUUGUGGCGAGGCAUGUGCCAAGGCUGCGUGGCCAGUACACAGAGAGGCAUGCCAGCAGCAGCAGCAGCAGCAGCAGCAGCAGUAG